AACGUCGUUGUGUUGUGUUGCAUUGUGCGGACCUUCUCAGCAGUUUUAUUUCUACGGGUUUAUUUCUUUCCACUUGUGCUGGGUGCUUGUCACGCUGUAGAUGCAGCGAAGCGUGAAGAAUCGUAUGCUCUCCUGAGAACUGCUUCAAACGAGAUGCCGGGAAUACGGUGUUUCCAGUGCCAUAAGUGCAAGAAAAGGGAAGUAACGCUCAGAUCUCUCUUCAGACAUUUUCAUGCGGUCCACGGGCAUGAACGCGACUGGCUGUUAGAGGUUGCAUGAAGACUUAUGUCACAUAUGGAGCUUACCGAAAACAUGCUUCAAGGCAUCACGCUGAGGUAUUUGAAAAUGCCAACUCUCUAGGGGACACUGAAUGUGACAUACUUCAGCAGAAUAUGGUGUUCUCUGAUGAUGUGCCAUUAGACAAUGCUGACAUGCCAACAGUUACCGACGUGGCUGCAACUCCAUCUGCUUCCACCACAGAAUGUGAGCAGAGAGGUGUGGCUGGUUCAUCUUGUGACAAGUGAGACUUUUUGAAUCACUUUGCACAUAUGCAACUCAAGUGGAAGGAAACAAGAAAGCUGCCAGAAUCAACUCUGCAGGAAAUAUCUACAGAUGUUAUGUUGUACAUGCAGGACCUGUUUGAGCAUUUCAUUUCGCAGUCUUCAGAUUCCACGGCGGAUGCACAAUUGUUUCUUCACCACAAGCUUGAGGAACUGCUCAGUAGAAAGAAACGGGAAAACUACUGGAAGUCCUGUCUUUCAUUUGUCAAGCCACAGGAAAUUUGCUUAGGACAAGACCCGAGAGGAAAAAAUGAGUCCUAUAGCUAUGUUCCUGUUUUAAAAGUUCUUGAGGCGUCACUAGCAAACUUGGCAGUUGAUGUACACCCUUCACAAAAAGUGACAUCAACAGAAUACCUUGAGGAUGUAUUUGAUGGAAGUGCUUUUAAAAAUCACACAUUCUUUCAAGGCGACACCGAAAAGAUUUGCAUUCAGUUAUACAGUGACGAAUUUGAAGUUUGCGACCCCCUUGGCAGCAGAAGAGGCAAACAGAAAAUGGUUGCUGUUUAUUAUACAGUUCUGAAUACAGAAAUCGAGAAAAGGUCAAAGAUUUCAUCAAUUCACCUCGCGAUUCUUGCCAAGGAGAAGCUUGUCAUAAAGUAUGGCUUGAAGAAAAUAUUUGAACGUUUUGUCAAUGACAUAGCAGAGCUCGAAAAAGUGGGUAUCAUUGUUGAUGGACGGGUUUUCAAAGGAAGUGUGUUUUGUGUAACUGGCGAUAACCUGUCGCAGCAUAAACUAGGGGGAUUUAAGUGUAGUUUUAGUCGUGGGAGGAUAUGCCGACAUUGCAUGGCAUUACGGCACGUAAUAUCAUGGAAGCAUAGACCCUCCGAAUUUCUGGAGAGAACUCCAGCUGUGCAUCAGCAACACCUGAAAUUAGCUUCACAGGGUGUGAGCUGUCUUCCCCUCUAUGGAGUGCGCGGUGAGUGUGCAGUCUCAUUUUCUGGCUUUGAACCCACUCUGCAUCUUCCGCCUGACCUCAUGCAUGAUUUGCGUGAGUCAUUCCAUUUUUGCUAAAACAGGUCAUAUCUUCUCUCCUUAAACAAAACAUAAUAAACUUAGAAGUACUGAACAACGCGAUUAUGAGCCAUCCCUAUGGCCAAACUGACAGGCGAAAUAAACCAGAAGUAUUGACUGUGAGCAUGUUGCAAAAGAAAGGUGCACUCAAAGGCAGCGCUUCACAGAUGUAUUGCCUAUUCCGAUAUCUGCCAUUUUAUGUUGCAGAGCAUGUACCUAGAAGCAACAAGGUUUGGGCGCUCUAUCUUUUAUUCAGGAAGAUUGUUGAUAUAAUCAUGAGCAAGCGAGUGACUGUUGAACAAAUUGCAUAUCUUGAAAUGUUUAUUUCAUGCUUCUGUGUCGAUUUCAAAAUGUUAUUUCCAAGUACCGCAGUCCCAUGCAAAUUGCAUUAUGUCAUACAUUAUCCAAUGUACAUGUUGAUGUAUGGACCACUUGUUCGCCUAUGGUCCAUGCGAUAUGAAGCAAAACAUCAGUACUUCAAAGAUUUAUCCACAAAGCUAAGAAAUUUUAAAAAUAUUAGUUCUACUUUGUCAAACUGCCAUCAGGCAUACGAAAUGUAUAUACACUCACUUGAACACAGUGGCAUGCGAAUGGUCACCACUGGCUGCAAGCCUGUGUUGUUUGAGCAUCUGCCUACUGAUGUGCAGAAUCACAUAGCUGCAAAUGCCAUGGAUGCAGAGAAUGUCUUUUCUCUUGCAUCUGUGAAACUUCAGGGAACUCUGUAUACAGUUGGUAGUGUCCAACGCAUUGAUUUGUCUGAAGAUGAACCAUCUUUUGCAACACUGAGUGGUAUAUUUUCGAUAAGAAGGAAAAUUUUGAUGUAUGCUAGAAAACUUCAGACAAUCAUGUUUGACGAGCAUUAUCAUGCGUAUGUAGUCAGACGCUGUAUUGAAAGCACCGUGAUAACCGAUAUUUCAGGCCUUGAAGCAAAUGACUUGAGCAUGCAUACUCUUGGAAGCAGAACCUUCGUUUCAGCUCGACAUGCUAUGAUGUAAAUUGAACAUGCAGUUUUGUGUAUCUUGUUUCUGUAUAACCAUGACCUUGUAUCUGGGUUACACGUCGCUUGAUGCUACACUUUUGUUAUAUUGAAUUUCAUGCCACAUUGAGCUUCAGCUCGUAGUGAACUUUCACUUAUUAUUGCAUUUUGGUGUGUGUGUGUGUGUGUGUGUGUGUGCCUGUGGAAUGCAUUACAAUGCUGUAUAUUACUUUUUUGUUGAAUAGCACAUUUGCUUCCAUUAUUUAAAUUUGUAUCGCAUUGCUCACUAAGCUCUUAAUCAUUUUUUGCUGCAAUACCACAAAGUGAAUAUUUUAGGGACCCACGGUGUUAGCUUAUGUUAACUAUCACUUAUAUUUGUUUGUGUGUGUGUGUGUAUGCAAAAUAUAUUGCAGAGUUCUAUAAUAAACUAUUUGUCUGUGUUGUUUAACUCUGUAUCUUAUUACUCUCUGAACUAUGAACGGUUUCUUUUGCUUGCUUUCAUGUAGCUGCAGUAACGCAAAAGUGUCUCUGAUAGGUGUCCUUGGUGUUGUCAUGCUAUUGAGAGAUAGCCUUUUCCACAGGCUCCUUAGCUGUCAUGUCCAGUUUUGAUGGUGAAAUCUUACAUGCAAAGGUGCAAUGACUGUCAUGUACAGUUUUGAUGGCGAAAUUCACAUUCAAAGAUGCGAAGUACUGACUUCAGAAAAUUAUGAACAGUGUUAUAAAUGCUCACUAGAAGUAUGCAUUUACACUGAGUACAUCUUGAACAUUCACUUUUAUGUUAACUUUGAAAUAGAACCAAAUGUUGCCAUUAGGCUUUGUUGGUGUGCAACAUAAGUAGGCUGUCGAAGUUUUGUUGAAUAUGUUUGAUAUGUUGCGAAAAAGAUUACUGCUUCAUCUUUUAAUACUGCUCCACAUAUUUAUCAUUUUGAGACUCUUUGAAAGGUGGAUGCUUGAUGUGCGCCAUCAUAGCUUUCGGCGAACUUGUGUGUCGAGGCUCCAGUUCCUUUUAUGCCUUUGCAUUGCGCUUCAGUGGCUUCAAGUGCCAUUCCACUGUCCAUUUCACUAGCUGAGAAAGCAAACUGAGCCUCUAGACAUCUCCACUAGAUCCUUAUGCUUUUACCUUGUCUACAGCUAUUGAGCAUUACAAGGAUUUAGUUAGCAAUAUCUCAUGCUUUGUUACAUAACGAUAUUGCAAGGAGUGGCAGAACUGUAUCUUUUCUUUUCAACAUGCUAGAGUCAAGUAGCUCUCAAUGUUGGCGAGCUGCACAUGCAUAUUUUGCAAUGUUUUCUAGAAUGCCAUGUAUUAAAGCUGAUCUGUUGAUUCUUGA